AAUACAAACAAACAGCUUUCAAAAUCGGCUUAAUCGCUUCGCGUUAAAGAUUUUUCAAAAUAAUUUAAAUUUUCUCGUAAAGUUUCGCUUCUUGCAAGAUGUUUUAAGUGAAAACCGCGCCACACUAACCUGCUACCAUGAAGCCGAGCCCGAAAAAGUCGCUCUCCUCAAAGGCCAAGCAGCGCACGAAAUCUUCCAGCAGCAACUCGGCGGCCGGAACCGCUUCUUCAAAUUCCACCGGAACGAACCACCACAAUCACAGUGGCGGUCUCUCGCACCACCACCAGCUGCGGAUUGCGGCCACGGCUGGGGGGAGCGAGUCCUGCUCGUCGGGGAACGAUGCCGGGAAGGAGAAGGGGGCGUACAAGUCUUACGCCGGGUUUAGCUCGCGCUCGGUGCGGACCAUUUGGGAGCAGCACGACAAGCAGGAGACGGAGGUCGCCGCGGAGGUGUAUAACAAGCUGGCGGAGGACACGACUUAUAAGCUGUGGGAGUUGGCGAAUAACAUCAAGACUUACAGUCGGCACGCCAGCGGCAAGGUCACGUACGAUCUGGUGAACGAGGUGCUGAAGGAUUGCGACGUUCCGCCGAUCGUGGGUGCGAACAAUGAGCCGUGGGACAAGAUCGAGUACGACGGGGUUUACUUUUUCAACUCGGAUGAGGUGCUGGAUCUGCGCGAGGAGUACAUCAAGGAUGUAACGAUGGAGCAGUCCAACAUCCCGGUGCUGACCACGAGCUGGAUGGCGGAGUCGGCGAUCGCGGAGGAUUUGAUCGAGCUGUACAACCAGGUUUGCGACGCGGUUUACAUUGGAGACGAGGAGUGCUUCGAGGAGGCGAUCGAGAUUUUGACCAGCAAUCCGCACGUUCCUUCGUUGAUGAAGUUGCUGCUGACGAAGGCGAUCGAAAUGCUCGGGUUCGAGUACACGGAAUCGACGCUGGUGCGGACGCUCAAGUUUCUCGAGGCCCUCGUCAAGAAUUAUCACGUUUCGCACUCGGAUCUUACGCUGGAACUCAGCUUACUCUGCCAGAUCUUCGUCAACCUGCUGCUCGGAUCUCCGAGUCUCGCCAAAUUCAUCGCCGACCAACAACUGGACGUCGUUCAACCGCAGUCCCAGCGCUCGCAACACCCGCUCUCGAUGCCCCCAAACGGCACCGAGUCCUCACUAGGAUCCGGACCACCCUCCCAGCACAACAACCUCGACCAGCCCAGCUUUCACUCCGCCAUGGUCCCGAUGAACAUCCUGGAGAACAACCUGGCCGGCCCCUCCGAAGACUCCAACAACUCCAACUCGAACGCCACCGAAGAACUGCUCCGCAGCAUCGAGAACAUCAAGGAAGGCCCCGACGGCAUCGACAUCAACAACAUCAAGGACGAGUACGAAGCCCUCUUCUCGAUGGUUCAAGGCCUCAACAAGCAGGAGGUCGCCGAAGGCGACGGCACCAACCCCACCAGCGACAACUUCAUCAAGACCGAGUUCAACAGCGAGUUCGAAACAGGACAAAACUUCAUCGUCCAGCAAGCACCCGGAGCAGCGAUGCUGAACGAAAGCGAGCUCAACUUUGAAAUCAAGCAGGAGAACGUCAAAACGCUCAAGCAAGAACCGGAAAUCGAAGAAGCGGUCAGUCUGCAGAUGUCGGACGGGGCGAGCGACGAGCAGGAGGUGAACAACCCCAACUCCACAACCCUGGAAAGCGAAAACAUCACCACGUUGAUUUGUGCGGAUGCGCUGGUGGACGAGGUGGCGCGGGUCGUCGGGCUUUGUGCCGGCAAGUGGGGCUUUGUCGAGCAGGAGUGCACGUUUCUGCUGGUGGAGCGGCUGCAGCGGUACUUUGAGGGGGAGAGGAAACAGGCGGCGAUUGAUUAUGGGUGGCUUUCGCGGAUUCUGCGCGGGCUGUGGAGCGUGGGGGAGUUUGCGUUUCGGGAGCUGAGUCCGUAUUUCGAGAAGAUUGCGACGGAGAUGGUGCCGGAGUUUGUGAAUCCGUAUUUUAAUGCUGCCGGAAUCUUCCUACGAGGCAAAAGUGACAUCUUCUUCUACGAAUAUCUAAACGAGAUCUGCGGGGAUGGCCUCACUCCGUUCAUCUUCCAGUACGAGCACUACAUCGAAUCCCGCUACCGCCGCCACGACGCCCUGCGCCGCAAAGCCAACGAGGCCAAACAUCGCUACAAAAUCCCCCCCAAAGUGGUCCUUACGGUCCACGCCAAACCACACCCGUCCCUCAAACCCCCACCAACCGUGCACGACCUGUUCCCCGAGCGCACCACAGACCGCACACUUCCCUCCGUGCAGCACCCGGCCCAUCCGGUUGCGAAAUUCAGCUUCCGCUUUGCCGGAUGUAGGCCACUUCCGCUUAAAGUCCUUGGAAAGAGCAGGCCCACCGGGAGGAAUUUCGGAGGAACGCCCCAGGAUGGACAUCCGUCGCCGGUCAAGUGCCGCCAGAAUGAAACUCUGGUGAGGAACUUUCGCGCCAAGAUUGUGGUGGCGCGGAGGAAGAUGCUCGCGCCGGAUACGAAUCUGUGCGGACGGCAGCGAGUUUAUUGCUAUGGGUCAACGGUGUUGUAAGGGCGAGGAGGUAGCAGUAAAGUUUUGUUGGAAAGGUA